UCUAAACAAAUCCACAUUGUGUGCGGCCAAGCCAUGAACGUCAAGAGAGACCAACAGUACACAUCUCCACCGUCUCUCCUAACCGAGACCAUACCUAUCAUUGACCUAAGCGAUCCAAAUGACGAGCUAGUAACACAUAAACUGGUGAAAGCCAGCGAAGAGUGGGGGGUUUUUCAGGUGGUUAACCACGGCAUUCCGGUAUACCUAAUGCAGCAGCUUCGAGAAUUGGGGAGGCAGUUUUUCGAGCUCCCGGAGUCCGAAAAAGAAUCCGUCACAAGGCCAGCUGACUCCCAAGAUAUAGAAGGUUACUUCACCAAGAAUCCAAAACAUUUAAAGGCUUGGAACGAUCAUCUGAUUCACAAUCUCUGGCCACCAUCUUCUAUCAACUAUAGAUAUUGGCCUAAGAAUCCUGUAGAUUACAGGAAGGUAACGGAGGAGUACACAAGGAAUGUUACGAAGCUAACGGACAAGAUUCUUGGUUACUUAUCGAAGGGGUUAGGGUUACGGCGUGAGGCCUUGAAAGAAGGUCUAGGUGGCGAUAAAAUAUUGUAUUUGAUGAGGAUCAAUUACUAUCCACCGUCGGAUUCAGUCAUUGGAGCACCGGCGCACGCAGAUCUCUGUGCGCUCACACUUAUCAUCUCCAACGAGGUUCCUGGCCUUCAAGUGUUCAAGGGUGACCACUGGUUCGAUGUUGAGUAUAUCAGCUCAGCCAUCGUUGUACUCAUCAGUGAUCAGAUCAUGAGGAUGAGCAACGGGAGGUACAAGAGCGUGUUACAUAGAUCAGUAAUGAAUAAGGAAAAAACAAGAAUGUCGUGGCCGGUCUUGAUAGAGCCUGAUCAUGAUUUGGUCGUUGGACCUUUGCCUGACCUAACGGGAGAAGAGAAUCCUCCCAAGUUUGAGUCUUUAGCUUUUGAAGACUACGUACACCGUAAGCUCAACAAGCUUCUUCGUGAUUGAUGUCAUGACCUACUACUACAACUUCAAUUAUGAACAUGUGUUGUGACAAGACUAUGGCACUAGCUAUAACAUUUAGACUACAAUCUCUAUCUAUCAUAGUUUCUAUGUUUUUCUUAUUUAAGAUAUUCGGUUGAACGGACAUUACUUGUUUUUUGAAAUGGUAAAGUGAAUGGAAAUCCAUUCAUUAUAAAUAA